GAAUUUUCAUAGAGUUGACUAUAGAAGAGCUGUACAGUUUAUUUCAUUUCUUACAGGCUAUACUACUGUGUGUAUUAUGGGGAGAAUAUGACAUUGUGAUAUAAACCAGGAGUACACCGAUAUGGAAGGAAUUUUUCUGCUACUUAGUCUGACAUUUUUGGCAUUUCACCUUUCAGGUGGUGCCGAUGCCAGACAAAAUAUUUAUGCAAGUGCAUGUAACAAUGACUACUUAAAUUUACAGUGUCCAAAGAAUCAACGAAUAGCAAUUAAACGGCUGUUUCAUGGAGUAAAUACUGCCAAGAGAUGUAAAAACAGAAAGUUGGGAGAUUGUUGUCGUGCAACUCAAAAUGACUGUAGAGAAAUUGAUGAAAGUUUAUAUCCUAAAAUGAAUCAACGUUGUUCUGGACGUGACAAGUGUAGUGUUAUUGUUGAGAGUAUUCCUAUUCGAUCUGCAGCUUGUCACACAGACAGAGAUUAUACAGAUUAUAUGACAGUAAUAUAUGACUGUGUUCCAAUACAAGACAUAGCUGCAUUUUGUUCUGAUGAUGUUAAAAGAGGAAAAGUGUUGUAUUUGGCUAACGAAGAAUAUCCUAAAGCUUUCACUUCCAUGAAGCCAUCGUGUAGAUGUGUUGCCUCGACAGAAUUCUCUAACGGGAUUAAUCUGUAUUCUAUUGAUGUGUUGAUUGCUCGUGCAGAGUUUGGACUUCAAUCAUGUUCUAGGAGUAUUCAUAUUACUGAUAAACAUGCCUUCGAAAAGGAUAUAACAUGUGGUCAUCGAGGCUGGUUCGGGUAUAGAACUGUGUAUAGUAGAACUGUUAAUAAUGUGUCAAUAGAACUUCAAAAUGCACGGGGUGAAGGAACAGCAUUUGUUUGGCUGGAAGUAAAAGCCACCAAUUCAAACGACUAUGUCCAGAUUCACUGUGGGGAGGCACUACAUAAACUGCUGGUUGGAUCACAUGAAUCAGGAGAAUCAAGACGUGCUGAUGCUGAUAUAAUUAAAACAAGUCAAACAAGCACAGUCGGAGCUAGCCCAAAUCGCCCAGCAUCAUCAUAUGGUCCUAAUUCAUUAUCUUCAGAUAUGGCUGCUAUAGUUGGUGGUAUUGUGGUUGCCGCUUUCUUUAUAUUUACCAUCGUAAUAAUUGCUAUCGCUGUACACUGCAGACGAAUACGAAAAGAGAAAAACAAACCAACUAAAGUUGAGCUUUAUCCUGCCAUACCACCGGCACAGUUAGAAAGCACUUCCUACCAUCACUAUGACUAUGAUGAUGACCAUUACUGUUCGAUUAGCAGAAGUCCUUUAAAAAUGUCAAACUUCUCUGAUUGCCCCACAGGAAAUCAGACAUUUCGUGAAUCGUAUCCCCCAGAUAUCGUAACUGACCAUGAUACUUCAAACGUCAAGGCGAUGGACGACAUCGAAGGUCAGGCCUUGAUACAUCACAAUGGUCCACAAAGAGAUUACAUGUCCAUUGACGACCGAGAAUUAAUUGGACAUAAAACAUUGCCAGCCAACACAUCAUCUAUAAAUCCUUUUCCCACCAAAACCCCACCAAGCAAACGUAGUAAAAGUGUAACCUUUUCCCAGCCUGUUGCUAUGGUUACACCAAUGAAUUCAGAAUCUGAAGAAUCGGUUCCAGGUCAACCUGUAAAACUAGUUAAACCCUACAUUAAUCCAGAUGAUGAUUAUUAUGAAUUCCCCCCACCCCCUCCUCCCGAAUCACUUGAAGAAAUAAAACAAACUGAGAACAGUCCGGUCGUACAACCCCCCGAUAACAUUACAGAUCUCUAUGCCGUGGUAAACAAACCCAAAAAAUAUGUGCCUGUUGACGACGACAAACCUUAUGAUAACAUUACAGUUAUUGAUCGACCAUAUUUAACAUCUCACGAAAAAGCACUACUGGGUCCACCAAACGGCAACUAUCAAAUACACGUCAAUGGCAUGGAGCACCUACCACAUAAAGUUGAAACUGGUGUAUAAGAUUCAAUAUUUCAUUACAUAACCAUUGAUAUAAAAUGUUCAUAUUUAGAUAUCUAAGCCUUAAAAACUGCAGUGCUUCAUAUAUUGUUUACUUUAAAUUUCUGACUGUUAGAAAAUGGAAUAUAUCUAGAUAAAAUCAUAAUGGAAAUAAACAAUAUAUACAAAUGUAUUUUGAAGGUACAACUGAAUCAGUUGGAUAUCAUCAACAUAGCCUACAUAUUGAUUCAUUAACUGUUUUAUAUUCAAUUAAUUAUUUGAUAUACAAUCCAUCUUUAGUAAAAUUUGGUCAGCUAAUUCCUAAGACUACUUAAAUCAUUUAGUUUCAAAAUGCUUUUUUUUUUAUUCAGUAUUCAUUUUAUAAUGUGCAAUAAUACUUUUACAUUCAUAGAAAUUAUUCUAAAUGGUAGUCUUAAUUAAGACUAGUCGCAGGUUUUUGGAACUCGUACAAAAGGGCUACUUGCCAGGAAUAAUGCAUAAUACAAUACUGUAAUAUAAGUUAAUGUAAAGUAAGAAACUGAUGCAAGAAAGAAAUGAAUGUGUUAUCACCAGUCACAUUUAUUGCAGUACUCUUAUUUGUUCUGUUGUAAACAAAACACCCCUAAAAAAGAAAAUACAAUUACCACCAGUGAUUCAUUAUUUAGUGGGCUAAUCAAAUUCGUUGCUGAACUAACAGUGAUGUAAUCAUGCUAAUAUUACUAGAAACCACCUACUUUAAACAAGGGUUUGACUGGUUUCAUUAAUUUCAGUGCCCAUUAUUGUCGGCCCCCUUUAUUGCAGUACUCUUAUUUGUUCUGUUGUAAACAAAACACCCCUAAAAAAGAAAAUACAAUUACCACCAGUGAUUAAUUAUUUAGUGGGCUAAUCAAAUUCGUUGCUGAACUAACAGUGAUGUAAUCAUGCUAAUAUUACUAGAAACCACCUACUUUAAACAAGGGUUUGACUGGUUUCAUUAAUUUCAGUGCCCAUUAUUGUCGGCCCCCUUUAGGUUCCAUUGCAUUUUUUGUUUUACACUAUCUUUAUAAGGCAUACAUUAUCUCAUUCCUUUUGUAUAAGUUUGCGCCAUGUAAGCAUUGUACUCGUAAAUAUAUCUUUGUAUAAAUACUAUUUGUUCUUUUUUAUUUUCUUUUGUUGUUAUGUUUUUAAUUUGUUUCUAGUCAAAACUAAAUAAUAUCUGCCAAUUGUCUUGCUAAUUUUUAACUUUAUUAUAUUAGUAAAAUUUUAUUAAGUGACCAAUGAUGCCAAUUUGAUUUUGAUAAUAAAGCCAAUAACUGUUUCUUAUAAAAUGCUGACUGUAACACAUACAUGUACAGGGGCGGAUCCAGGAUUUUCAGAAAGGGGGUUUAAGAGUGCAAAGCCCGGCCCUCGGUGGGAGGACCGAUGGGCAAUCAACCAAGUCACCAACUGGCUCGUUUCGGAGUAAAUAACGAUGGGGAUCACUACUAUUUUUAAGUAUUUUUGUUCUCCUUUCUCCCAAAUUGUUCGCCACCGCAAAAAAAGGGAGGGGGGGGCGUUUCUACAUAACUAAUUCUUGCUCAAGAUCAUCAUCAUCUUACUUGGACUAUAGGACUAUAUAUUUGUAUAUGGCUAUAGAUAAAUUAAGCACUCAGAUAAGGUUAUAGAUACUUAUAGACUUGCACAUGAUUUAUAAUGACCAAUUACUACUAUUCAUAGGGUAAUAAUCUGUACAUUUAUUUCUAUAAUAUAUAAAGGCAGCUAUAUCUGUAUCAUUGCUUUAUAUUUCAAAUCAUCAUGCAGUUAAAACUAGAUGUAAUCCAUUCAUUUGUACAGUCUUGCAGGACACAUCAAAUUAAAAAAAAAUUGACAGGCCAGCUAAAUCCCUCAAAUUUGAUUUUUUCAAACAGAAAUUAGCAGAUACUUCUUGCAAAUAUAUGGUAAUUUAGACUAAAGUUUGCUAUUUUCAUUGAGAAAUGCAACCAUAAAUUUGAUCACAGGUUCAUGUAUUGCCUAUGUAUAUCUUUAUUAUUUGGUCAUUAAAUUACAGUUUGUUACAUGAAAAAGAUUGUAAUAUCAAACAUGUUUUCAAUUUCCUAAAUAAGUUAAAAUAUUUCCGGUGUUAAUAAAAUGACAUGAAUUUUCUUGUAUGAAAUUCAUCUCCUAUUCAAUAUCUUAAUUACAUAUGUAAUUUUGCUUGUACAAUGUGCCUAUAUCUCUGGUAUUAUGUAAUAGUAAUACUCAUAAUAUGCAAUAAAUAUUUGUUCCCAUAUGUUGUAAUAUUUGUAUAAUCUUUCAUAAUUUAUGUCAUUAAAUGUUUUUUUAUCUACAAAUUAAUAAAAACUAUGUAAAUAAAA